AUGCCAUUGCCUCUGGGGAAACUGGUUCUUUUUUCCAGUGUGGUGGCCAGUGGGAGUUGUGCCCUCAUAUAUUACCUUAUACAAAAAGCUUUUUCUGGGGCUUCCUAUUACCAGCUGGCAUUGGAGCACCUACACAGCUACCCUGAGGCCCUGGAGGUUCUGUGCACUUCUCUCAACAUCUACCAUCUUCCCCUUACCAACAAGUACAACUUUGCCAACAUUGCCAAUGCCUAGUUGAAGAUUCCUGUCUCUGGAUCCAAGUCAGAGGGCUAUCUCUAUGUCAGCUCAACCAGAGAUGCCCCCUUUCAGAGGUGGCACCUUCAGGAGGUCUUCUUAAAGCUCAAGGAUGGUCAGCAGAUACCUGUGUUCAAAUUCAGUGGGGACACUGGUGAUGAAGUGAAAAAGGAGUAA